AUACCAGCAAAGGUGGGCUUUUGAAUCGGUUAUUUGGGUGGUAGUGGGAAGUAUCCUGGAGUCACUUGUACGAUUAUUUCACGUGCGACUUGCAAUCAGUAUCAUGUGGUGUUGAUGGACCAACAGAUGUCUGCCCUAAUCGUCGAUUGCCGCAGUACGCAGCCGCAUGCGCAGCACCUUGGCAGCGCCGCAGCAUUCCGUCCGUAUAUUUGUUGGUUUGCGAACUCACCCAAUGAUCUUUGACGAUUUCACCUCCACCACCGUCAGUCCCCAAUGAUCAUCUCAGAGAAGGAACUCCCGAAUGAGUGCACAAAGGUGGUCGAGGCCGAGCAAGAUCAAUCACAUGUAGUGAUCAAUACCAUGGAUGAUGCACUGCCUCCAGCAUAUUCAGAUCAUGUACAGCACGAACGAAUUGCAAGCUCGUGUUCCACGGAGCUUCGGCCUCCCUCCAAGCCCACCAAUUUUCUCUCACUUAUACUCAAGGACAAACCCAUACGAGGCUGUUAUGUGAUCGACCCUCUGAUACAAAUACCCCUCAGUCUACUUCCUCCACUGAAUGCUGGAGAAACAAUUCAAGACAGGAAAAACCUGUACCUUCGCACCAAGGAUGGGAGUAUCAAUGCUGAUAUCUGGUUGAUGGGCCAAGAUAAUGCUGCUCCGAAGAACGGUAGCCGCACUACCCUCUCGCUAAGCUCCAAUGAUGGAAAUAUCACAGCUAAGAUUAAUACGGUCAAGGUCGUUGCUCCAUUCCUGUUAGACAUAUAUGCACGCGAUGGACGAGUCACUGUCCUUCUACCUCGGUCAUUCCACGGUUCGCUUCUCCUGACUAGCAGACAAAGUGUGAAGCUUUCCGACGAUCUUCUGCAGCGGAGCACAAUAUUGAGUACGGUAGAGCACACGCGGCGAUAUCUCGUCGGUGACAUUUCGCAUCGGAUGUUUGGGGGCGAUUGGAACGGGGACGAGCUCAAGGUUGUGUCUUGGGAUGGCAGAAUUAUGAUCAGAUACAUGGAUGAGGCUGAGCCAGCGAAAACUGGUUUCUUCAGUCAGAUAUUCAGCAGCUAGAUCAACUACAUAUGUAUAUAGUAUACUAUAGGGCCAGUCAUUAUGCUCAUUUAACACACUGACUAGCCUAGCGAAAAGCUACCUGAGGCGACUCAUUGUAAAAUUAGAUCUCGGUGUAGCCCGCGGCAUGCCGUUGUGGGACACGUCUUGGAUG